AGGGGCCGCGGAGCGGUUCCGGGGCAGGUGUCGCCGGCAGCGGCGGUUGCCCGGGGGAUGAGCUCGGAGAAGGGGAACGUGUCGCGCACGCGGCCCCAGCGCUACCAGAACGCGCGCGCCUUCAGGAACGACAAGUACGACACCAGCGCCCGCCGCAAGAAAAUAAAUGCUAAGCUUCAUGAUGGAGUGUGUCAGCACUGCAAAGGUAUCUUGGAGUGGCGGGUAAAAUUCAGCAAGUACAAACUACUAUCAAAACCUAAAAAAUGUGUGAAGUGUCUCCAGAAGACUGUAAAAGAUCCUUACCAUAUUAUUUGUCGACCAUGUGCUGGUAAACUAGAAGUCUGUGCUAAAUGUGGAAAAGAAGAAGAAAUAGUAAUUCCGAUUGAUAAAGGACAAGACAGAACUGAGAGUGUGACUACUAAAAACGGCCAAGAGAGCAGUAGAUUGGAGGAUGAGUUGGAUUUUGAUACAAAUGUCAGUAGUAUAGACAGUGGUGAAGAUUCUGAUGUGCUUGAAGAACGAUUUAAAAGUAUGAAUUUUGAAAGGACAGAGAUAUAAAAGGUUGAGUUUAUAUGAGAGACUGCAUGUAUUCAAAAGUGGUGAACCAAUGUUUGCCUUAAACUGCUCUGAAAACGUGUUUUGACACCUAAGGUCCUUGCAUAUAAAUGUUGGCACUGUGUAUUAUGAAGCUUUUGCGGGGUUUUGUAUAAAUAAAUUUUUUUUUGUAUUAAGAGCAGAAUUUCUUGUGGAAAGAUUCAGAAAUUGAAUAUUUAAGCAUAGUUACUUCUUGCAUACAUGUAACAACUUCCUGUUUCUCUGGAGUAAAGCCCCUUUUUCUAAUUGUCCCAAAUUCAAUAUUAUGCGACUGUUGUGUUGCCACUUGGAAAGCUACAUGAAAGUCUAGAAUAAAUACAGAGUCUUGUCAUAAAAAGGAAGAGCUAAACCAACAGUUUGCUGAAGGAAGAACUUGCAACUUCUGUCAGUGAGUUUACAAACAGGGUCAAAAUACCAAAUGUUAAUUACCCUUAUGCUUGUUGUUUCUUUUCUGUGCGAAAAAAAGAGGGCCUAAAUGCCAUCACCAAUACAGUUCAUGAGCAGUUAAUGCUUAUUUACCAUAUAGAACUACGCAUUACAAAUUUGUGACCUUGUUAUUCCCAAUGUUUUGAAAAGAAAAAAACUGAAGACUUUUUAGAUUCUCGUGUCACUUUCUUUUCCUUUGACUGCAGAUCUAACGUAGUUUGCUCAGAUGUGAAAACACUUGUGUAGUGUAGUGAUGCUUAUAUAGUUACUCUCUUCCUACUUUCAGUUCUUUCUGGGGGUUAUUUCAAUGUAGAUUUAAGCUCUAGGAAGAACUUAACUGAAUUUGCAGUUAACUAUCUUUUAUGGGACUCAGGAUGGUUUGAUUUCUUCUUUACUGUCUGCUACGUCUAUCAAGAAAGCUGAAGAAGUACUUCCUAGCAAUUAUAUGGUUUAACCUAUGACAAUAUACUAUGCCACUUUUACUAACUGCAUAACAGCUAGACAUCUGCGUUAGUGUUCUGCCUGAUUUGCAGUAGUGGGCAUCGAAAAAUUUGAUUCCCAAACUAUCUUCUUCAAAUGAAUUGUGAGGGACUUCAGCUCUGGGAUUAUUACAUACAGACACACCCCUACCCCCAGUGGGGGAAAUACUGAAACUUUGGGUAGAGACAGCUACCCUGGGGCUGCUGUAGUUGACCUUAACUUUAAAGAAAAUCUAGUUACCAGGGUGUGGAGUACUAAGACAUUCAGCUCUCAAUAGCCUAGAAACUUCUGAUUUAAAAGACAACUUUAGUAUUGACAGUAACAGGCAACAGCAAAAUUCCUUGUAAUCAGUCAUGGAACAGUGAGCUCUUACUGUUUUUUCUUAACUGUGUAGGUGCUUGUCACUACACAUAAGGCCUUAAGAAUGAGCUUUUUCUUUUACUAUCAUUUAUUUAGAUAUGUCUUUCACUUUUGUACUGUACGUUAUAACACUCUUUCAACUUUUCUAAACUAUUUCUAAGUUUGUAUCUUAAUAUCUAAAACAUGCUUUUGUAAUGGUCUUUAAGGACUAGUAAUCUUGGUUUUUUCUUUUUAUUUUUCCUUUUCUGUGCUGCCCUUGUGUUGUUGAAUAAUUUGAUUCCCUAAGGUUAUUUUAAUUUUUCUGUCCCAUCUACAUCUUUUGCAUAGGUAGAUUUUUGCUAAGUAUUUUGUCAUAACCACUAGCAGUAAACUAUUGAAAAACACUCUACUGGUCUUCUCUGUUCCCAUGAUGCAUUGUGACUUUUGUGGCUUUUCACUGAGACAAAGUCUAAAGUUUACUGAGUGUUUGGGUGAUAUUCUUAUUACAUAGUUGUUUGCAGUUGUAAAGGAGUAGGACUGAUGACCCAAACAGCCCAUCUUCUUUCUCAGCCCACUCUAUAAAUACAUCGUUUGUAAGCUAAACCACUAGUCUUGUGAUUAAACAUACUGUUUUUUUCACUUAACUGCAACUAAUAAAAACCAAGAAAUUCAGAAGUUUAAAAUUGUAGAAGGGAAAUGGUUUGUCUUGGAAAAGUCAGUGAAGCUGCAAAGCACCAAGAGAUGCUUAGUGACAGAAAAGGAGGUUGUCUGCUGUGUUUAGAAGUGACUGGAAAUUGGUCUGAAGGUCGUGUUGGCGUUGACAGAUAAGUCCUCCCAACAGGACAGCAGCGAUGUCUGACUUAGUGUGACAUUGCCUGUUGUCCUGCCAGCUAGCACUGAUAGAGUGGACAAGGAAUAUCACCCCUGCACGCUGCAGAACACUGUGUCAGUGGGGUAGAGAGAGUUAAUAAGUAAUCUGGAGUUAGCUUCAGGAAGGGUCUGUGAAGGGGAAACCAUAAGUGUCAUCAAAAGUGAACUUGGCUUUUGAAAAUUACAUACGUAUGGGAAAUGUUCUUCUACUUGGAAAAAUUAGGUAAUGGCCUAGCCUUUUGCCCAAAGGUGAGAGGAAAUCCUGAAAUGAUAGGAAAGCAUGUCAUGGAACUGGCAGGAGCAGUAUAAUGAGAAAAUCAGGGGAAGGGCUCUCUUCUCAAAGUGGUGACACAAGCUGUCAGUGCUGGGGAAGAGCAGUGCCACAUGGAUGAGCAACGUGUAGCAACAAAACACAAAUUUUAGUGAAAGUUCUCUGAAGUUAGCAUCUUCAUGUCACACAACUAAUGCUCUGUUUGGAGUCCAGGUGGGCAGUUGAUACUACAGUUGAUGAAACUGCUGUGAGCGAGCACAGCUGCAGUGGUGGCUGGCUAGUGUUAGUCCAACCUCUCUGAAGACAGCUUUUGG